AUGCUGCAACCACCUCGACUGACCGUCUGGUCGUCUAUCGAUGACCUCAAACAUCUAAAAUCAUUGCUCUACGACCAAAAUGCCGAUUACGAUGGCAGACCGCAGGCUCUUGAAGUUAUCAGAGCCUGGUCGUCUCGCGGCCGUCUUCCCCACGCCAUAGAAUCUACCUCCCAUUUGACAGAAUGCCUGCUGAACGAUACUCCUAACCAAUCAGAACUUCUGAUCCGAAUGUCCUACUCGACCGCUAUCUGUCGCUUUGUAAAUGGUCUGUUAGACCCGGCGCAAAAGUCACAUUUUGCAGUAUCCAUGUAUAGUCUAGCUCAGGAAUUGGGGUUACCGGCGUCAUUUGUGGAUGUUAGGCAUGCGGCAACACAUGAGGCGCUUCCACCACUGGGUGUGUUGAGGACAACAUGUGCAAGAGGCUUAGAUUGGCUUUGGGCGAAUUAUUGGGAGAAGGUGGAAGAGGUUGGGGGUGUCGUUGAUGCUGAGGCUGUGGGGAAAGGAGGGGAGGUUGUUGAUCAAGAGAGGGUGUCUAGAGUACAGGGUUUACUCGAAAGAUGGGAGGCCUUGAAGAAGAGCGCGCAAGGGCGAUACCGAGAGGCUUCGAAAAGAAAAGAAGAGAGGGGUGAGACGAAUAUAUGUUCAGAGCUUGAAGUUAUAUUCAAGAAAUCGGCGGGUAUGGAUAUUCUGCUGGAAAUACUUGUGCACGAACAUUUGCUGGUCACGGACGAUACUAGGUCCAUGAUGUCAAUCUACAAGACGACAGAGAGUUGGAGGCCACUGAUACAGGAACUUGAUCUUCGGGUUGAAGAAUUCACAUCUGGCUUAUUCAAUACCUUCCUCGAAGCCAUGCAGGAAGUUGAGGAUACAAAAGACGAGAACAAGGACGAAUUUGCGGAGUCCGAGAGUGAAUACACAUACCAAUGGCUGGAAUUCUUGAUCGGACUUGUUCUUAAAGGAAAACUAGCUGCUGACAGCGCUAGUCUACUUGAUGACGUUGUUUCUCGAUGCAUAUUAUCACGGAACCUUUGGUGUCUGCGGCUGGCAGAGUACGCAAUCGGGCAAUCUACUUUACUCGAAACCAAAUACUCUCAAGCAUGCACAAUGGCAAAGAAGCAAUUGACAGCGACUCCCAAACCAGCGUCUAAUCCCACCAGCAAACAUCCAACAUCCAAUCUAUUAGCCGCUUUAGCUACUGAUAAAGAUUCGAGCAUGGAUUUAGAUCAGGAACUCGAAGGUUUCAAGACGAAGCUCCGAAAUAUGCAAGUACAACGUGAGCAAUGGGGCUUAAACAAGAAAAUUGAGGCUGCAGAAAACGCUAAGGCAAACCUCGAUACCUCCACUGUUGUAAUGAACGGUAACAAGGCGGCAAGAUUUCGUAGAGUGGAGGCAGAUUGGACACCAAGGCCAAUGGGAAUCGCGUGA